UGACGAUUACACCAUAGCCACUGUGAACCAAAUUUAUGUGCAGGAAAAGUGUGGAAUCAGCGAACAAUUUCAACAAAUUGCAAAUUCCAAAUUUGCAUCAGGAGUUGAACAUCUCAAUUUUAGGGAACAAAAUAACAGUAUAUGAAUGAUUAAUCAAUUUGUUGAAAGGAAAACGAACAAAAUCGUUCAAAAUAUAAUAAUGCCGAGCAUGCUGAAUAAGGAAUCGAACAUAAUUUUGGUAAAUACCAUUCAUUUCAAUAACAAUUGGCUCUAUCCAUUCGAAAAAGACUGUACGUACCGUGGCGACUUUUUUAUCGGUGAAAAUGAAACCGUCGAGGUCGAGUACAUGUGCAUCAAAACUCGAAAUGUGUAUGGUCCAAUACACAAUUACAAGUACCUACACGGUUUGGAUGCUUCGGCGGUUGAGAUCUAUUUUGGUAAUACACAAUUCACGUUUGUUAUCGUAUUGCCCAAUAAUCGCACGGGCCUAACCGAUCUUGAAGCCAAACUGAAUGACUAUGAACUUAAAUAUAUUAUGAAGAACCUUGGCAAUGAGCGAAAUUGACUUUGACAUCGAAUUAAAUACAAUUUUGAAAAAUCUGAAUAUUACUGAAAUAUUUAGUGACAAUGCCGAUUUAAGUGAAUUUUCCGGAUGCGAUGCAACAUUUCAUGUUGAUAAAAUCAUUCAAAAAGCAUAUUUUGGCAUUGAUGAGUUGGGAACUCUCGGGACUAAAGGAGG